ACCGGCACGCAGUUCAAAGGCGUACGUAGUAGCGUUAGGAUCUAUCGCCCGCUCUUCGUGAAUAACACGCAUUUACCUGCCGCACGAUCAACCAAGUGUCAUUUUCAGUGAUUCGCGAGUGUAUCGAAGUGAAUACUCUGUGCGUGUCGCGCGCGACAUAUUCGCUCGUGAAAAUCAAAGCGACGGGAGUGUCGAAAAUACAUCGCAUCGCGUACUUUCGUAUAAUCCGCGAUCUCAAUUGAUCGUUCCAUUGAAAUACAGUAGAGCCGCGUGAACAAUUAACAUCGGAAGUGAUAUAUAAAGUGCCAUGUGACUCUUAACAACUGUACUUUCGCGAGUGUCGUGUGUGAAAGUGCGCGGAUUAAGUGAUUUAAGUAACAGGACACAGUGAUGUGCGGACUCUGCAAUUACGUUUGUAUCCUGCGAAAUUCACACGCUCCAGUUAUACGACUCGUCGACGAAUCAUCUCUCACUGGUACACCCUAAAGACGGAGAAGCCGAAGGGAUCCCUUUCGAGGUUGAAAAUUCUACCGGUCGACUUGCCUCGAGAUAUCGAUCUCUCCUUCUCGACCUCGACCUAUCUCACUCGGCGAGACAGAAUCGACGCGAUGGCCGUCAUGGCCGUCCGCGCUGGGUCGCGCAUAUCGUCGCACGACUGACUCUCGUCUCGGCGGUUCUGGUGGACAAUUGGCGUCGAUUAUCUCCUAUAUACUCCCAUUUCUUUCUCGCCGCCUCCGCGUCCGUUUCCACGGAUCGGGCGAAGCCACGGAAGACUCGAGCGAGCGUGAACGACGACCGGGAAGCGACAUGGAGGUCGACAUGCCUGAGGAUAAUACUAGCGAGCAAACGGCGAUGGAGAUCGACGAGGACACCUCCGAGAGGAAUCCGAGGGUGUCCGGCAGCGUCAAAGUCAUGGCCUCCUCGGGCACCGUCGGCUCGGUGUCCAUCAGCUUGCAUCCACUGGUGAUCAUGAACGUCAGCGAGCACUGGACCAGACUCAGGGCUCAGGAGGGCAGCGAUCAGUUGGUCUACGGCGCGCUGAUCGGUAAGCAGAAGGGUCGCAACAUAGAGAUUAUGAACUCCUUCGAACUGCUCUUCACCUGCAUCGGCGACGACGUCAUAAUCGAUAGGGAUUAUUAUAAUACGAAAGAGGAGCAGUUCAAGCAGGUAUUCAGCGAAAUGGACUUCUUGGGCUGGUACACCACCGGCGACAUGCCUACCGAGAAAGACAUUAGAGUGCACAAGCAGCUUUGUGAGAUUAAUGAAAGUCCCGUGUUAUUGAAACUGGAUCCGAGACCAAAAAACACAGAGCACUUAUCCGUCUCUAUGUACGAAUCAGUGAUCGACUUAGUUAACGGUGAGGCUACCAUGUUGUUCGUCCCGUUGACUUAUACAUUAGCCACAGAGGAGGCCGAGAGAAUUGGAGUCGAUCACGUACAAAGGAUGUGCAACAACGAUCAGGGCGAAUGCUCAGUGGUGGCUGAACACUUGACGGCGCAGCACAGUGCUAUUAAAAUGUUGCACGCGAGAGUAAAACUCGUUCUAAGAUACGUGCAAGCGGUGCAAAGUGGAGAAUUGAAGGGAAACCACGAAGUUCUUCGAGCGGCUUGUUCCUUGAGUCAUCGACUGCCUGUCCUAAACAAUCCGAAAUUUAAGGCUGACUUUUAUAACCAAUGUAAUGAUUUUGGCUUGAUGACGUAUCUCGGUAUCAUAACUAAAGGGUGUAAUAAUAUAAAUCAAUUUGUAAACAAAUUUAAUAUUCUGUACGAUAGGCAAGGCGUGGGACGCCGUCUACGAAGUCUCUUCUUCUGAUAUGUAAAUAGAAUCUAUUGUUUUUAUAUAUGUCUUUUUUUACUUCUUAGAUAACUAAGUAUCGAACUCAGGAUUAAAGUUUAAACAGCCAACUUAAUCGAGGGAUAGUUUGAAUACUACUAGAGGUACGUUGUAUUGAAUAUAAAUAAAGCAAAGAAGUUACAUUAGCAGUUCUUUUUGAAGUAAAAUGUAAUAGCUAAUGAUAGAAAGUAAGAAACCACCCGAAACAUACAUUAUAUCGUUAAUAUUGUUCAGAAGUAAUAUUUAUUAAAUGCUGUCUUGUAUAAAUGGUAUGUUUUAACACAUUUCAAUUAACAAUAACGUGUGAUAUUAAUAAAAACUGUGAUGCGUUUCAA